GUGAGACACAUCUUUCUGUUGCCCAGCAGUGUGCAACUCCUCCUCCUCAGCUGUGGUGUUGAUAGAUACUAAUACCACAAAGGCAAUACCACAUACAGGGUUCUCCCAGGGAUCUUUUUUUAACAAAGAGGUGCUACUGAGUACAGCGGGAUGGAGGACAUUUCCUGCACUCUAAAGCAAAGAAAUACUCCAUUCGGGUGUGGUAACAGGCCUUAAAUGAUUACAAAUAAUGUUUUUUUUUAUGACAGUGGCGCAACCAGUCCACAAGGUGGCGUAGUGCAACUCUUCCAUUCUGUGAGGAGAACCCUGACAUAGAAAGAUUAUAUGGACUAGUCAUGGCUUCUGUUCGGUUGUCCAGGUCUCAGAGAUUCUUCAAGAACUUAUCUCUGAUCCUCCUGAGUGGAUCCGUCUCUCUGCUCCUGUGGGCCGCUCUCAGACGCCCGCCGGGCUCUGACAGGAGUCCUCUCCCCGUUCUGGACCUCCUGCCCCCGGACUACGCUGCCGACCUGCCGGCCUGCUCAGCCAUCAUCCAGGGAGACCUGCAGGGUCUGGAGAGGAAGCAGCUCAGCCUCCUGCUGAAGACCAUGAAGAAACAGCAGCUGCUGUCAGAGGCCUUCUACCACAACGUGACUCAGGACUGUCAGAGGUACGUCACAGAAAGAGAGUUCAUCACCGUUCCUCUCAGUCAGGAGGAGAAGGAGUUCCCCAUCGCCUACUCCAUGGUCAUCCACGACAAGAUUGAGAUGUUUGAGCGGCUCUUGCGUGCCCUGUACACUCCUCAGAACGUGUACUGCGUCCACAUCGACCAGAAGUCCUCGGAGGCCUUCAGGACGGCAGUGAGGGCUAUCGUGUCCUGUCUGCCUAAUGUGUUUGUGGCCAGUAAGUUAGAGAAUGUGGUAUACGCCUCCUGGUCCAGAGUGCAGGCUGAUCUGAACUGUAUGGAGGAUCUCCUGAAGUCACCUGUCCAGUGGAGGUACCUGAUCAACACCUGUGGAACAGACUUCCCCAUUAAGACCAACGCUGAGAUGGUUCAGGCCCUCAAGCUGCAGAACGGGAGGAACAGCAUGGAGUCAGAGACCACCGACGACUAUAAAAACAGCAGAUGGCAGUUUCACCACAAAAUCACCAGCAACAUGGUGGUCAAGACGAACGUUAGGAAGAGCCCUCCUCCAAUCAGCACCCCCAUGUUUUCUGGCAACGCCUACUUCCUGGUGUCCAGGGCCUUUGUCCGUCACGUGAUGGAGUCUCAGGAGGUCCGGGCGCUGUUGGAGUGGGAGAAGGACACCUACAGUCCUGAUGAACACCUGUGGGCCACCCUGCAGCGCAUGCCCUCUGUGCCAGGAUCUAACCCUCCGCACAUCAAGUACCAUGAAUCAGACAUGAACGCCAUUGCGCGCAUUGUGAAGUGGCGUUCCCUGGAAGGAGAUGUGAGGAACGGAGCCCCAUAUCCACCCUGCUCGGGUGUCUACAGGAGGUCCAUUUGUGUCUACGGGGCUGGAGAUCUCAGGUGGCUCCUACAACAUCACCACCUCAUCGCUAACAAGUUUGACCCUGAGGUGGAUGAUGUGGCUAUCAGGUGUCUGGAGUCGUACCUGCGCUUCAAAGCUACAUACCGUGUUUCACGAAGGACAGUGGAAUCUGAGAGUAUCUUACAAAAACUAUGAAAUGUUAAAAGUUGUAAAUAUGUUAAUGUGCAUUUAUUUGAAAUAUGUUUUGAAAUGUAUAUUUCUGGUGGUACUGUGGAGAGGGUUGUAAAUACAGUAACGUAGGUUUUAUUUCAAAUAUACACUGAGUGUACAAAACAUUAGGAACACCUUCCUAAUAUUGACUUGCACCCCCUUUCGCCCCCAGAUCAGCCUCCAUCCUCUGGGCGUGGACUCUACAAGGUGUCGAAAGCGUUCCACAGGGAUGCUGGCCCAUGUUGACUCCAAUGCUUCCCACAGUUGUGUCAGGUUGGCUGGGUGGUGGACCAUUCUCGAUACACACAGCAAACUGUUGAGCGUGGAAAACCCAGCAGCGUUGCAGUUCUUGGCACACUCAAACCGGUGUGCCUGGCACUUACUACCAAACCCUGUUCAAAGGAGAUUAAAUCGUUCGUCUUGCCCAUUCACCCUCUGAAUGGCACACAUAUACAGUCCAUGUCUCAAUUGUCUCAAGGCUUAAAACUCC